CAAUGACGUCAAUUGCCCAUUUAGAACAACAUAAUUUUAUGGAUACGAUCUUUCGAUAAUCACAAAAAGGCCAGCCAAAAUACUGAGAUUUCCCCGGAGAAGAGUGUCCAAGCCAUAACCAACGAUGCUACAGUGGUGAGCAGGAUAUAUAUAGCUUGUGUUUGAGAGAGGACGAGCCAAUUUCCAGCUGAUCUGUAGACCUACGCAAAUUUGCAGCCAUUUGAGCUGCUCUUCACGACUUAAACUCAUUCUCAUUGUGUGCAGCCAAUACGCUCCAGGCAGAUGGCAGGCACCAAGCUCAACCACCAUCAGCCUAACCAUCAUCAGUUCAACUAUCAUCAACUCAACUCACAGUUCUACCAUGUCACUGUUGGAGAUACACAUUUCCAGAUCCUCAAGAGAUACAAGAACCUCAAGAGUGUUGGCAGCGGCGCCCAAGGUCUAGUCGUAGCUGCAUAUGAUGUCCUCACAAACCAGAGUGUUGCUAUCAAGAAGCUAAGUCGACCGUUCCAGAAUGUGACGCAUGCCAAGCGAGCGUACAGAGAGUAUAUCCUCAUGAAAUUGUGCAAUCAUAAAAAUAUUAUUGGUCUCCUGAAUGUGUUCACGCCGCAGCGGACGUUUGAUGACUUUGCAGAUAUUUACCUAGUGAUGGAACUAAUGGACGCUAGUCUGGUCCAAGUCGUUCAGAUGGACCUGGACCAUGAGAGGAUCUCCUACCUUCUCUAUCAGAUGCUAUGUGGCAUCAAACACUUACACAGUGCAGGGAUUAUCCACAGAGACUUGAAACCCAGCAAUAUCGUAGUAAAGACAGACUGUUCGCUGAAGAUCCUGGACUUUGGUCUCGCCAGGACAGCUAGUACUAGCUUCAUGAUGACCCCUUACGUCGUUACCAGGUACUACAGAGCACCAGAGGUCAUCCUAGGCAUGGGCUACAAGGAGAACGUUGAUAUCUGGUCCAUAGGCUGUAUAUUUGGUGAGAUGAUCAGAGGACAAGUGAUGUUCCCCGGCUCAGAUCACAUUGACCAAUGGAACAAGAUCGCUGACCUCCUAGGGACCCCAACGGACAUUUUCCUGAGCAGACUCCAACCCAUGGUCAAGCAGUACGUUGAGAACAGGACAAAGUGUCCGGGCUAUUCCUUUGAGAUGUUGUUCCCUGAUGAACUCUUCUACCAAGCUGAGAGCAGUACGGAGAAGACCAAACUGUGUGUUGCACAAGCCAGAAAUCUGCUCUCAAAAAUGCUCAUCGUGGACCCCGAACAGAGGAUAUCAGUUGAUGAAGCUCUUCAGCACCCCUACAUCAACGUAUGGUUUGACCCAGGAGAAGUGUAUGGACCUCCUCCAAUUCCUUAUGACCAUUCAAUAGACGACGGCGGUGAUCAUAUAUUAGAAGAAUGGAAAGACGGGACUUCACACCCUAUAGAAGAGGAGAAAGACGAGAGGGAGCACACAUUGGAACAGUGGAAAGAGCUGAUGUUCAAAGAGGUGAUGAAUGCGAUGUACCAGUCCAACUCUAUAAUCCUGGAUCCUGUGAAUGAUCUGAUGUCAAAAGAGAAUGGGCAUGAGGAGCAGCACCAUCUAGACCAUAGACAAGGACAACAACAACAACAACAAGGACAAGGCAGGAAUUCAAGUAGUAGAAGCUACCUCAAAGGUCACACCCACUGCGACCAGGGGGAGGAGCUUCAAGGAGCCACCUCAGGGGCAGGCCCCGCCCCCAUGGCAGCCGCAGCAGCAACAGCAGGAGCCGUCUCGAAGAGGUAGCCAGGAAUGACCUUUCACCUUUGACCUAGGACCGAAGCCAUUGCCACAACCCCUCCAUGUAACUCUCAAAAACUCUCUGUUGUUACGCUCCGUUGUUACGCUAUCUGUCACUCCGCGAGAGCACCAGAUGUUUAAACAUGGAUUGUCGUUCAUUUUAUUUUGAUUCUCUUAAUAUUCCUGCCUUUUCCUCACAGGUAGUGUAAUGCGUGGAUGAAUAUUGCACUAUUCUGAUGCUAGCCAGCGAUGGAAUUAUAAAAUGUGCUCUAUGCUUAGUGCAUAACAGUGCUAUACACCUGAGUAUCUUCUGGUUCAAAGCUGGCUUAACUAUGUAGCUCAAGCCAUAUUAUAAAUAAUAAUGAAAUAAAAUGCUUAUUAAGCUCACUUUGCAUGGGUAGAAAGAUGCUUGAGUUUCUUACCACGGGAGUGGGAGACUCGUCAACUCUUAAGUUUUGGCCUCUGUAAGUUUGGAUAAAUUUUAAUCACACAAAGUCACAUGUUCAAAACCUAGACUUCAUUGUAUUUGUUAGAUGGCUAGAGAUGUAAAACGGUUCCUCAGACAUUGAUGCACAUGAUAUAUACACCUCUCUGAAACGCCAAUUUAUCAUCAAAACCUACUGAAAUAAACUGAAUGGGAAAAAGAUAUGCUGAGAAGCAGAAGAGUGUUGAUUCAUAUUCCUUAGCAUUGGGUUAUACUUAUUGCCCUUUGGUUUUCAGCGGACAAAAAGACAUUACAAAGAAGACAAAACUCCUUGGGAAACUUAAAAAUUACUUUUCGACCAAGGUGUAUCCAUUCCUAAAAUCUUCUGAAGAGCUUAUAACUUCAUCAAGUAUUUUUCUUAUGAAAUGAACUUUUUUUAAUAAGAUUUAGGAUUAGGAGUGAAAGCUUUUUCACAGGUUCACAUUAAUGUCUCCAUGUGUCGAGAUGGUUAAAAACCAUCCUUUAUUUCGCCUCCCCCUGUAACGUCCCCUUUUUAGUAUGACCUGCUAGCAGCAAUGGCUCAGUGGUAGAGCAAUGUGUCUUGUCAUCAGAAGGUCCCAGGUUCGAUGUGGUAGUGCCCUUUGGUAAGGCACUAAUCCUCAUCACCAAAUCCUUUGUAAAGGUUUGUAAAGCCAUAAGCUCCUUUCGUCGCUUACCUACAAGCAUAAACUUGCUUUCUGAGCAGUCAGGUUAAAUGAAUCGGUAAGCACAGUGAUUAAUUUAGUAAACGUGAGCUGUUCUUUUUUUGUAAUAGCGCUGGCUAAUAUCUCGCAUUGCAACAUGUAUUUGACUGUAUUUAAUGAAUGAAUAAGUUGACUGAAAUUCUUUUCUUAGCACUGAAAGCAAACUUUCUGAGGUGCCUUUUUUACAUUAACAUGAGGGGUUCGUGGAAGAAGGUCGUAGGCAAAGACUGUCAUUGUAAGGUCCAACAGCAUGGUCUCCGUUAAAUCCGUAACACCUUUCUGUUUUUCUUAUUUUCAUUGCUACAGAGUCGUUUGGAAUCCUUGCUACUUUUGCAAAAGUAGCAUCUAUGUUUACAAUAUCAUGUACUAAUGAAAAAGGAAGAAGAAAUAGGAGAUAUAUAUAUCUCUCAAUUGAUAUAAGAAUUGCUGUUCUAAAGUUGUAUGUAUACAAGAGAAGUAAUAACUAUUAUUAUGCUAUAAGAGUAAAAACUAGAAAGCUUUGUAAAUAUUGUUGAUAGAGAAAAGAAAGGGGAAAGCUAAGUGUGCGUAAAGUCUUCGAUAGUGAAUAAAAAAAUGCUAAACUGCCGGGUGGAAAAUUGCCAAGGGGCUUGAUGUUGCAAAGUGUGUAAAUGUGACAAGUUUUGUCUGUUUUUUAUUUUUAUUUUUAAGUUAUGCAUUGAUGUUGUCAUGGAGAGCGAAAAAAAGAAAUUAUAGAAAUCAUGAUGUACUUGUUUAAAAUGCGUCGGGUUGCACCCGUUAUAUGGUGUUUAUCUUUGAUCAUAGGUAAGUUACUCUGGCGUGAAUCGAAAAAAUAUAUGGAAUUUGAAUUUCAAUUUUUAUAAGUCAAUACAAAUUGGGAUAAUCAUAGUUUGAUACAUUGUUCAAUUUUUUGGAGACUAUGUUCCCCAGGGUUUUUUUCAUCCAUUAAAAUUGGAGGAAAAAAAACACUUUUAAGAUGCACAAAAGGAACUUGAAUCAUUCAACAACUAUUGAAAACUCUCCCAUCAUCAUCAUCAUCAUGAUUAUCGUUCAGACAAUAAUCAUGAGAAUGGUUCUGCUACAGCAGGCUUGUAGUAUUAAAGUAGCGCCAAGCAUUUUGAACUCUCCAUUAUCGCUUGUGACAAGGGUAUGCAUUCACACUGUGUGAGCGAAUGCAUUCACACCGUGUAAUUAACAAGCAGGGGGGGAAUAUGUUUGUACUACGAUUUUUUGUCUAGGUUGUAUAUAUAUCUGUUUUAUGUGAAUGUCUACUCUUUGUCCUGUGUGAAGUCAUGAGGCCUGUUCCCACUUCUCCUUGACGCUGUGCUGCCAAGCAUGAAUGUAAACAGCCCCAUGCCAAUAGCAUUCCAUAAAGUCACCACAGCGACACAGCCAUUUAUAAAACCGCCAAUGUCACGUUAGUUUAGCCAUGUGUGAAUGACCAUCCAUUCCUCAAGGUAGGAUUGUUGUUGUGGUUAUCUAUAUCAAUAUUUCCGAGAAAGAAUGUUUUAGUACCAGCCAAUAACAUCACUCCAAGGUUUGUUUGUUUUUUAAAAUUGAAAAGUGAAGUAAAAUGAUGGUUCUGAUAGUACACAUGGCUUUUAGGUCAAGUUCAUAUUCCAAGCCAUUAGGAACUUUGUACAGGGGACACAUUUUCCCUCCAGUUGGAGUCAUGUUUGAUGAUAUCCACAGUGCUCCUUUUAAAGCUUAUUUCUACUAAAGGGUUUAAAUUGAGAUUUUUCCAACAAAUGAAAAUCAACAUCACUCUGCUAGUAAUCCCUCACUCUUAAUUGUUCAUGAUUUAAGGUUGUCUUUUUUUCCCUCAGACUUCACCAAUGCUCUUCUUUAUGCCAGUCAGUGCUUGGAUUCUGAGAGUAACCUUGUACAUGAAAUCUUGCUUGGCAGCUCAGCGUCAAAGAAAAAUGGGAAAAAACUCUAUGAUUAUACCCUUGAGUUUAGCUAUUGAAAUUCAUAUCAUACAAUGUUUUCUUGUGGAAACUGGAAAGAAAAAAAUAUCUAUGAAUAUUCUGUACAAAAUUAUCUCCAUUGUGAAUAGGUUUUGUGUAUGUAUAAACAGAUUUUUUGCCUCUUGUAUGGGCAAGAUUUUUGCGUUGAGGUUUGAAAAGGAUGAAAAAUUACAAAAAUAAAGAGGUGUGUUGCUUCAUAUCAACGUAUUCUUUAUCAUUUCUAUAGAGUGUUAAGAUUGUAGGAAUCCCAGUACAUAAGAAAUACAGAAAAGAAAAAUGAAAGUAUGAUUAUAAUUAUUAUUAUUAUGAUAGUGGUAAAAUUGUGAAUAUUUGAACCUACAAAAAAAAUCGAAUGUUUUGUGAAUGUGAAAAAUUGAAAUGCAGAGAGGUUAUGCAUUAUUUUAAUGAAAACCUAAAUUUAUUUUUAUUUCUUGUUUUGAAAUUUGAAAAUAGAUGCCUUUUUCUUGUUUGCGUUUGGAGGUGAAGCAAGAAUAGAAGGCCUUUUUGGUAUCAAAAUACAGUCAUAAUAAAUCAACUUUAUCCAGGUUUAUAAAGAAAAUUCCAGGGAAAUUUAAGUAAUCCAUGAUAUAUGGGUGCAUGCUGGUUUAUUUUUCACCCGUCACAGACACAUGUAAUUCAGUCUCAUUCUUGCUUCAUCUCUGAACAUUUGUAUCAAAUGUACUUAAUUUGAUAUCUUUCUUACUCUCUCUAUAUCUAACUUUCUCAUUCUUUAAUUUUCUCUUUCUACCAUCUUCUUUGACUUUAUAACAUUCUUUAUUGCUCAAUAUACGUUUCCUCUAAAUUUUGUCUUUAUUUUCCAAGGUUUUAUUUUCCUUGUAAAAGUAAGUCUUUAAUCAUGUAAAAAGAAACAAGAUUUUUUUCUCCAUAAUUUAUUGGUCAUAUGUGAAAUACUGUUUACGUGGUGUCCCUCAUAAUGUUCAAAUAAAAUUCAGUUACAAGAAAAAA